AGGUCCGGACGAUGAGGUGCCUCGGGCUGAAAUCCUGUGUGAGGCUGGCACGGGGGAUGCCGAGGGGAGGGAGGGAGCUGUUGUGUGAGGGGAAACUGAGGCAGGGGGUGGAGGAGGUGGAUUCCCCUGGGGGAGCUUAGGGACCGGGGCGGGUCUGGAUGAGAAGCGGACAGAAGAGGGGGCCCUCCCUGCGGGGCUUAGGGACCAGGGGAGGGGUCUCUCGCCAGGAUGAGGGAGGCAGAGAAGGGAGCUCUCGCUGGGGGACAUAGGGACCAGGGCAGGGGGUUCUCCCUGGGGGGCUUAGGGACUGGGGGAGGGGGCUCUUCCCCAGGUACAGGGGGGCAGAGGAGGGGGUCCCGGGGUGAGGAGGGGGCUCUCCUAGGGAUCACAGCGCGGGGGAAGGAGGGGACUCUCCAGGGGGGACAUGGGGGACCGGGGCGGGGGGGUGUCUCCCGGGGGACACGGAGGCCGGAGAAGGGUCCCCGCCCCCGCCCGAGCCCGGCGCGGAGGCCGCAGGCCCAACAUGGCGGCCGCGUCGCCCCUGGUUACGGCCACUUCCGCGGGGACGCGACGGCGGCCGGAAGCGCUGGUCACGUGUGAGGGGAAGAGGCAAGAUGGCGGCGCCCAGUGCGGCGGGGCCGGGCCCGGCGCCGCUGCUGCGGGUGAUGGCGGAGUGCGGGCGGAGCCGGGCGCGGGCCGGAGAGCUGCGGCUGCCUCACGGCCCCGUCCCCUGCCCCGUCUUCAUGCCCGUGGGCACCCGCGGCACCGCUAAAGGCGUCACGGCGGCCCAGCUCGCCGCCCUCGGCUGCCGCAUCUGCCUCGGCAACACCUACCACCUGGGCACGCGGCCGGGCCCGGAGCUGGUGCAGCGUGCGGGGGGCCUCCACGGCUUCAUGGACUGGCCCCACAACCUGCUGACGGUGAGGGGGGGGCUAGCAGCAGCCGGACCAAGCUUGCCCACCGCCUCGUCUCUCCCGUCGCGGUUGCCCAUCGGCACCCAACCUUCCCGCCGGGCCGGGAAAAGGGCUUUGCCCUCACCGAAACGCCGGCUCCGAGCCCGGAUUCGUUCCGGCCGCUGA